AAAGACUCAUUCUGUGACCUUGAGCAGAUCCUUUCACCUCUGAGGACUUAAGCUUCCCAAGGUGUGAGAUGAGGAUUACAAUAGUCGAUUUCUCCCAACUGGGAUUACUGGCUGCCGUUUCCAAAAUGAGUUGUGGUGGAGAGACUCCAGGGAGCAUGGCAGCAGUGGUCUUGGAGACGGAGCUGACUAAAGUGGCCCUGGGGUUGGAUAUGAACCCAGUGCCAGCCAUGCUGUCACCUGGACAACUAAGAGCUCAGGGCUGGGGCAGGCAAAUAGAGUCACUGGUCUGUGGAGGUUAAUUCAAGCCAGGCAACAGAGAAGCAAAGGUGUAAAGACAGUGAAAGGAGGAGAGUGGAGACAGAGAGAACAGCCUGGGACAGAAGCCUGGGAAAGUCCAGCUUUCCAGGGGAGCGUGGAGGAGGGGCAUCUAAGCAAGAAGCAUCGAGGAGUGUCCAGAUGGGGUUUGCGUGUGCCGUCCUGAACGCUAACAGGACACUGGAGAAGGGUUUCAGCAAGAGGGCCCACGCAGCCGACCAAGAGGACAAGGAAGAUGAGGGCCAACAGGGAACCCAGGACACUGACAGCAAGAAGGUCACAGGCGGUCUUGGCCACAAGCUGUCCUGGGGGGUGUGACGGAGGCAAGGCCAGACUGGAGCCCGCUCCGCAUCGUGGCCCUGGUCAUCGCUGUGGGCCUCACCUGGAUCGUCGUCAGCAUCCUCCUGGGUGGGCCUGGCAGUGGCUUUCCUCGCAUCCAGCAACUCUUCGCCAGCCCAGAGAACUCGGUGACUGCAGGGCCAGACCCAUGGGUCACCCCUGCUGUCCCCACCCAGAGCCGCGGGCCAGGAGGUACAAAUGUGGCCUGCCUCAGCCGUGUCCCGAGGAGCACCUAGCCUUCCGCAUGGUCAGCGGGGCUGCCAACGUCAUUGGACCCAAGAUCUGUCUGGAGGACAAGAUGCUCAUGAGCAGCGUCAAGGACAAUGUGGGCCGUGGACUAAACAUCGCCCUGGUGAACGGGGUGAGUGGAGAGCUCAUCGAGGCCCGGGCCUUCGACAUGUGGGCGGGAGAUGUCAACGAUCUGCUGAAGUUUAUUCGGCCACUGCAUGAAGGCACUCUGGUAUUUGUGGCUUCCUACGAUGACCCAGCCACCAAGAUGAAUGAAGAGACCAGGAAGCUCUUCAGCGAUCUGGGCAGCAAGAAUGUCAAGGAUCUGGCCUUCCGGGACAGCUGGGUGUUUGUAGGGGCCAAGGGUGUGCAGAACAAGAGCCCCUUUGAGCAGCACGUGAGGAACAGCAAGCACAACAAUAAGUAUGAAGGCUGGCCCGAGGCGCUGGAGAUGGAGGGCUGCAUCCCGAGGAGGACCACAGCCAGCUAGGCGGCCGAGCUCACAGACGGGACUAGGGAGGCUGCAUGCUCCCAGCCUGGUCCCCGGGGCCAGCCAGGAACGUUCUCUUGCCCCAGCACAUCGGGGCUCUGAGGCAGCGACCAGUGACCAGACCGUGAGCAGUGGUGUGGGCUGCACGGCCAGCCCUGUGGCAAUUUGUCAGGAGACCCCAGGUACCUGUCUUCUUUUCCUGCAGUUGCUCCCCUGCUCAUCCCCGACCCAGUUCCCAGGCACCUGCAGCCCCAAGUCUGGUGGCAGCUGCCCAGCCACUCGGGGCAUCUUCCAGAACCUCUUCAGCCCAGAGUGGCUCACUGCUCUGUGACCUAAAGUGAUUCGUUCUGGUGAGCCACACCUGGUGGCUGCUUGGGGAACCUGGCUGCCUCCAGCCUCACUCUCUGUGGGAAGGGGUGGCUGCCUUGGGGCCAGGCCAGCAGGGUGGUGAGUUGGCAAGCCUGAUCACGGUCCCUGGCACAGCAGGUGGCAGCUCCUGUGGUUUGUCAGAGGGCCCACCUUCUAGAUGACCUUUUAAUAAAUCAGUGGCCCCAACAGAA